CGGUUUUCAAGAAGACAUAAAUCACCUCGAUUCUAUUUUAUUUUGGACGCAGAUUAAAUCAACUAACGGAUUACAAUACAGUAGUGAACGUACCAAAUACAGCAGUACCAUGGAGACAGCAACUGAGAAAUCUAGAAGAGCCAGACCACAACUAGACACUCCUGCUGUGCAAUAUCAAGUUAAAAAUGUGCGCAGCACAUGACCAAAAAUAUCCAGUCAGAGGACAUUGAAAUGAUUCGCUAUCAAGGUAAAAAGAACAAAAUGACAGCACCAUAUGGCGGACAGUGCAAAAUAAUAAGCAGGGAAGGCAACGACUGUAACUUUGAUGCGAUUAAAGCCCCGGAAUACAGUAACUCGGUCAGCAAUGAAUUAAUCGACCUCAUAAAGAAGGCCAAUGGUUUGGGAGAUGUACAAAUAUCUCAGGAGACACAGUUCUCCUCAAUAUCAGACCACCGGCCAUCCAACAGCAGCGAUUGAUCCCAGUAGCACCUACUGCAGUGGACAUAUGGAGAGCGUACCUGGACGCAUG